AUGUACCCGGAGAAAAAUGAAGCGAAAUCUAAUGAUGAUGAUAGGGGCAAUAAUGCCUCUAUUAUUCCCGAGUCUCCAGAAAAUGCAGAUACGGUCAAUAUACAACAGACAACUGAAGCCAACGGAGAACAAGGUGUGGCUCCUGAUAACCGAGCACAGUUAAAAAAGAAGGAAUUUGUUUCACCAAAGCAAUUACCAACAAAAAAUAAAAAAAAGUUUACAAAUGAUUCUGAUGAAAGAGCGGAAAUGACAUUUCAAUAUCUUCAGACGAAAAUGCAAGAAGGGAGAAAAGAAAUUGACGAAUGCAUUGCUUUUGGAAAUUUAAUUGCUGCUAAGCUCAAAAACAUGGAUCUCAUCACUCGACAACAUGCGAUGAACGAUAUAAAUAAUAUAAUGUUUAGAGCAUCAAUUCGCCCUCAUUUUAUGCUUCAAUCAGAAUCAUUUUCCCCUCUCGCUUCUUCAUCAUCAUCCCCCUCCCCUACAUUUCUUGUAGAAUCACCUCAAUCUUCACCAUCAUUGCCCCUUCCUCCUCAAUGUUUACAACCACUGAUUAUUACAUCCCAAUCUGAUAGCACACUCACAACUUUCGGAUGA